GGACGAGCGACGACGAUCGAUCAAUGCCACCCACCACAACAUCACCACGAUGAGGUUAUUACAAUGGGCCGCAUUCGGCCUGGCCAGCGUCGUCGCCGCUGAUUCGAAUCUGACAUACGAGUCUCGCAACAUCCUGUCCUCGACAUUCGCGCCGCCGAAGCACUUCCGCAAUGUGAACCUCGUGCGGAAUAUCAACCUGGAGAAGAGCUACCCGCGCGAGACCAUCAACGUGGUCAUUGAGAAUAUCGAUGCCAAGGCUCAGUCCGAGUACUUUCUGCCUGUCGAACAAGGCUUAUUGGGCCGAGUGGGCGGAUUGGAGGUCAAGGACAAGAAGGAUGCCGCCAACACCGGCUUCGCUGUCGAAGUAGUGGGCAUUGACCCCUCGAGCACGACCGAAUACUACAAAAUCACAUUGCCCAAGGCACUCCAGCCCAACGAGCAACAGACACUGUCCAUCACUUAUUUCGUCCUCGCCGCCCUCGAGCCUCUCCCGGCGCAGAUCGAGCAGAACGACAAGCAGUAUGUGCUGCACAAGUUCUCCGCCUACGCACCGAGCGCAUACACGACCCUCAAGCAGAAGACGAAGCUCAAGCUUCCGACCACCGAUGUGCCUGAUGCUGUUACAUUGCCAGCUUCGUUGAACGCGGAUGGCAAGGAGGACCCUCAAAAGCAAGGAUCGAGCUUCACAUACGGGCCAUACGAUGAGCGCGAGGCAGGUGCGACGCAGGAAGUCAGCGUGCGCUACGAGUUCACCAAGCCAUUGACCCAUGGUCUGUCUUUGGAAAGAGAUAUCGAGGUCAGCCACUGGGGCGGCAACAUUGCUACUGAGGAGCGAUACAUCUUGACGAACCGCGCUGCCACGCUCAAGAAGAACUUCGAUCGUGUCAAGUUCGCUCAGCAGAACUACUACAACCCAUCAUCGAGCGCCUUGAAGGAGCUCAAAUUCCCUCUUCUCGUUGGAAGUGCCGACCCAUACUACACAGACGACAUUGGAAAUGUUUCGACAUCUCGAUGGAGAUCAAACCCCAAGGAGGCGCACUUGGAACUCAAGCCUCGAUACCCGCUGUUUGGCGGUUGGCAGUACAAGUUCCGUGUCGGCUGGAACAACCAGAUCAAGAAGUUCUUGAGGACCUCUGGCGACCGAUACGUGCUGAAGGUGCCCUUCCUUGAGGGACCAAAGCAACAGGAGGGCGUGGAGUAUGAGCGUGUUGUGACGCGCGUCAUUCUGCCCGAAGGUGCUACCAACGUCCAAUUCGAGACAAACGUCCCUCUCAUUUCCAACACGACAGGCCUCCACAGGACAUUUAUGGACACGAUCGGCCGCACAGAGCUCACGCUCACCGCAAUCAACCUCGUUGACGAGUUCCGAGACCGCGAUCUCCUAGUCUCGUACGACUAUACGACUUCCGCAAUGCUGCGCAAGCCAUUGGUCAUUUUUGCUGGCCUGGUUGCCACGUUUGUUGCGGUCUACGUUGUCGCCACUUUGGACGUCAGCAUCGGGAAGAAGCAGAAGUCGAGCUAGAUUGCAGCUGACAUAUAGACAAAAUGUAUCAUUUUAGCGACA